AUGCGGGGCGGGGGGUGCGAGAGGGCGACACAGCACACAGAGCCUGGAGCUCUGUCCUCCGCGCCACAAGAGCCGAGGCUCGGCCUCCCGCCCGCACGAGCGCCGCUGCGAUUGGUGGAAAGUUCCUGGGCCGCGCCGCGAUUGGCCGUGCCCGGCCCGUCGCCUCCCGCUCUUGGCCCCCACGGGGCUGCGGGGCAGAGGUGGGGCGCGGGCGGAACGGUGCGCGGAACCGGCCGGAGCCCGGGGUGCUCCCGCCGCCGCCCCGCCCGCCCGCGCCAAGGCGCUCCUUGCGCUGCUGGGCGCGCGCUCUGCUCGGGCCUCCUGGCCACCGCCAUCUGCGCCGGCUACUCGGAGGACCGCUGCGGCUGGAGCGGCAGCGGCCUGACCCAGGAGCCGGGCAGCGUGGGGCAGCUGUCCCUGGCCUGUUCGGAGGGCGUGAUCCAGUGGCUGUACCCGGCCAGGGCGCUGCGCCUGACCCUGGCCAGCUCCGACCCGACUCCCUCAGGCGCUCCAGCACCGCCUUCCUUGUGCCCGGCGCGGCCCUUCGCAGGCGCGCAAGUCUUCGCGGAGCGGGCGGGCGGGCGGGCCCUGGAGCUGCUGCUGGCUGAGGGUUUGGGCCCAGCGCGGGGCCGAUGCGUGCGCUGGGGUCCUCGUGAGCGCCGGUCCCUCUUCCUGCAGGCCACCCCGCACCCAGACAUCAGCUGCUGCGUGGCCUCUUUCCGCUUUGAAAUGCACGAGGACAGGUAUCCAGAACUGCCUCCACAGGCCCACGGUCUUGGUGCUGAUGGUGCCUGCAGGCCCUGCAGUGACCCUGAGCUGCUGCUGGCCGCGUGCACCAGCGACUUUGUGAUCACUGGAACCAUCCACAGGGUUGGCCACGACACAGAGCUGCAGGAGUCUGUUACCGUGGUGGCGGCUGCCCGUGUCCUCUGACAGACGCUGCCACUGUUCCGGCUGGGGGAGUCCGGGGGCCGUGUGCAGGCCUCCAUUCACACCCCGCUGCACUUCAAUGUCCGCACCGGCCCCGGUCCCUUCCUCUUCAUGGGCUGGAGCCACUUCGGUGAGGCCUGGCUGGGCUGUGCACCUCACUUCCAGGAAUUCAGCCGUGCCUCUGCAGCUGCCCACGCCAACCACCUCCACCCCUGUGAGGUGGCCCUGGACUGA